AAAGAACAAUACAUGUCGCCUUGACAACGUUAAAACCAUCCUGCCGUGUAGUAAUAUUUAAUUCUUCAUUAACCUGAAGAUGGAGAACGAUACAUCCUUGAUUUUCAAAGAAGAAACCCUCAACAAGAACACUGAGUUCUCGGCGCUGACACAAGCCUGUCGAAUUGUGCUGGACGCUGAACGAAAUCGAGCCGAGGCCUACAAUAAGGCGGCCCGGCUCUUCUUCAAAGGUGGUCGUAAGAUCGGCAUCAACAACGUCAGCAGACGACUGGGAAAGCAGAUCAAAAUGGUAGCAGACGAUCUGAAUGGAGUCUGGUCAGAAAACAAAACCAUGAUAAACAUGCUCGAUGUUAUUUCCACACAAAACAAAGAGAGCUUGAUGAAGUUGCAAGAAAGUGGAGAAACAAAUAGCGAUGCCAGAAAAGAAAAGUGUUAUAAUGCGGUUGUUUCCCAGUAUGAAGACGAGGAGUGCAAGAAGUUGAACCAUCUCAAGAUGGCGCUGAUUGAGUUCCUCGACAGACUGGAAGUCACCUUACCCAGAAUCACGUUCGAAAGAGCAGGAAAAGGCAGCCAUUUUUGUGAUAGUUGGGUCGACCUCAAACGCCUAAACACAGAAGAUAUCGUGAAACAAAGAAUAUCACAUUUACUCAGCGCCCGUAGGCCUACUUGUGAUUUAUCAAAGGAUGACAUUUCCUGUUCUAACUCAUCAUUUGAGGAACAGCAGAAUGAUCACUCUAACAACGGUAGAACAAACACCACGGCGUGUCAUAUUCCCGUGGCCCUCAUGAGCAACGUCACUGUCAUAGCCACCGACAACUUCAAGAGGUUCGAGAGAAACCAAAUCAGUCUUCGACGAGGCAUGAUACUCAAACAGAUUCUGGCUGCUAAUCAAGAUGGCUACGCCCAUGGUUACAAAACAUCCGGCAAGUUUUACUCGGAUAAGAAGUAUGGCUAUUACCCAGCGAACAAAGUGGUCCUUUAUGAACCUAAAGCUAUGGGCGAGCCUAAAGCUAUAAGCGAGCCAAGACCUAAAGGCGAGCUGAAACCUAUAGGCGACUGGAAAACAUUGCAUCCUCCAUAUUCUCAAACGAUUUCUUCGAGUAGCUGAAACAGUUUAAUAUAUUUUACUGAAAAGAUCACAUAUAUAUUACAUGUCGAAUGUAUGUUUUAAAGUAAUAACAGCAAAUUUUGACUGCAGCCAAAACCUUCAUCCAUUGUAUCAGGAGUUUAACUGUUUUACUGGCAGUGAAACCCAUAUUACAUCUCUGUAUAUUAUACAGGCGUAGCUAAUCUAGUUGCGAAUUAAAUUUAAUCUUGAAAA